AUGUGUACGAACCGUCAACGAGGGAGGAAGAUCGACAGCCGGUCCUACAGCAGCUACGAACAACACUGGAAACACACCAGCACGUUGAGCAAAUCGUCGUCGGUGACUUCAACCUACACCAUGAGCUGUGGGGAGGCUGAAGAAGGAGAUCACCGGACAACUAUCGACCUCUGUCUUGUUACCCUAGGUCUCGUUGACCGAAUGAUCAGAUGCGAACGAGAGGAGAAACGAAAGUGGAAAGCUAUUGAUAAGGAAACAUUUAUCGAGACUCUCCGUGGAUCGUUGCCGCAGCUACGAAGACCAAGAACGAAGGCAGCGCUCGACGGAUACGUAGGGAAAACCAUAGACGCCCUCUCAGUCGCUAUCAAAACCGCGGUCCCGACCAGCACCCUUUCGCCAAAAUCCAGGAGAGGCUGGGACGAGCAGUGCGCAGCCAUCCUGGCCGAGACGAAACGAUUCCGCCGCGACCACAGCGAGCGACAGACAGAGGAGAGCUGGGAGGCAUACAGAACAGCACGCAACAAGAAAGGCCGCAUCAUCAAGAAAGCUCUUCAACAAGCACAUCGCGAAGCAGUGGAAACAGCGGCCGAGUCACCUAGAUCGCUGUGGAAGAUCGCCAAAUGGGCCCGGAACAGACAGAGCCAGCCGCCGACCGUUACGCCGGAAAUCAGGAACCCCAACACGUCUCAGGUCGCCGCAACGCCCGAAGAGAAAGCUGCACUCUUCAAGGAGACCUUCUUCCUCCCGCCACCCGAGGCAAAUCUCGAAGACAUCGACAACGCAUCGUACAGCAACCAGAUUGGCCUGCCGCCAGUGUCGGAAAGCGAAGUAGAGGAUGCCAUCCAGGAAGCAGCACCGAUGAAGGCCCCGGGCCCCGACGGCAUCACCAACCUGGCACUCCAAGUGGCGAGACCUUGGAUCACGCCAUAUCUCGUCCGCAUAUUCAAUCAGAGCCUCCGACUAGGAUAUUGUCCACAACACUUCAGAAAGUCCACCACGGUGGUACUCAGGAAGCCAGGCAAAGACAACUACACAGUGCCCAAAGCAUACAGGCCGAUAGCCCUCCUGAACACGGUGGGCAAGAUCAUGGAUGCCAUCAUAGCGAGGAGACUGAGCUACCUUGCCGAAACACACGGAUUGCUGCCAGAUAGCCACAUGGGCGGGAGAAGACGUCGGUCGACGGAACACGCACUGCACCAAAUCGUGGAUAGGAUAUACGAAGCCUGGGGUUCAGGACAGGGAAUGGUAGCAAGCCUACUUCUCCUGGACGUGUCAGGCGCCUUCGAUAACGUUUCGCACCGCCGACUCCUGCACAACCUGCGGAAGAGGCGGAUCGACGAAGCGACGGUGCGUUGGGUUGCCAGUUUCCUCGGAUGCCGAGAGACGGAGAUCCACGUGGACGGAUUCCGAUCCGAGACCUACAGACUCGACACCGGCAUCCCACAAGGGUCGCCCCUUUCGCCGAUACUCUACCUCUUCUACAACGCGGAUCUCUUGGAUAGCUGCAAUGAGACCGGAGACACGAAAGCCACCGGCUUCAUCGACGACGUGGCGAUCCUUGCCGUGGGAGACAGCACGGAGGAAACCUGCCAGAAGCUCCAAGAAGCGCUUCGGAAAGCCGAGACGUGGGCUCUCACUCAUGCGUCCGUCUUCGCGCCCGAAAAGUACCAGCUUACCCACUUCACACGAUUCUCAAGGCCAUCGCAGAAAAGACACAAGCCCUCCGAGAACAGGGACUCGAAGUCGAGCUCCGAUGGGUACCUGCCCACAUCGGCAUCCAGGGCAACGAAGCAGCAGACAUCGCCGCCAAGGAGGCGACGGGAUGGAGGCCAGACGGACAGACAGGUUCCAGGGUAG